AUGCACUACUCCCUCUUAACCCUAGCCACCGUGCUAGCACACUCCCAAGCCCAAUUCGUCCCCAUGCCCUUCGGCCUCGGCUCAGUACCAAUUGGUCAAGGACAAGGCUCAAACACCAACGGCCAAGGACAAGUCGGACAGAUGAACGGCGAAGACAUGGAUCUCCAAUCAUCUAUGGCGCAAUUCUCAAUGCCAUUUCCACAAGCUACACCAUCGCCUUCGUCUUCGAUGGCGAAUGGGAAUAUGCAUCGUCCCAUGCAGAGCGCUCACUACCACUAUCACGCUCAUCAUCAUUACUAUAUGACGCCUGUUCCUUCUUCAGCUUCAGCAAGCCACUACAUUAACAUGCAUAUGUCUGCUUCUGCCUCGGCCUCAGCAUCGAUGCAUUAUAAUCUUUACGCUUCUGCUACGCCAUCUGCUUCGGCUUCAGCUUCUCACAUCCCGUAUCACGGUGUGAACCACGGACUCCAUGCUCCCCAUCCUCAUGAGGGGUUCCCUGCUCCAAAGCCGGAGGGUGUACCCAAGGCACCGGACUUUACUAGUAAUAACGGUGCAUCCACGAAGCAUGGUGGAUACUCUGGUGGAAAUGGAAAUGGGUUCACACAGACACAUGGAGAGGAUUCUUCCAGUGAUGGGUCUCCGCCUAUUGACUUUAAUGGACCUAUGUCUGAACCGGAAGAGUCCCAGGCCCCUGAGGAAUAUACUCCGGAACAAUACUCCCCUGAACAAUCUGAGUCUACGCCUGAGGCUCCCCAGCAGUUCUCCCCUGAAGACCCAGGCGUCCCACAGAGCGAGAACGUAAACGAGGACAUUGCUCCGAUCCCAGGCUCCGCGCCUGCACAGCAGGAAUCUAAGUCCAUUGCACCGGUCGACUCAAUGGCACCCGGAACAAAUGUUGCACCUACCCAACCACAGAAGUCUCAUGGUGCUGAUCUUGGGAACUCAUUCUGUAUGGGUGAUUGCUAUGCUACUCCUGAUGAGGCGAAGUGUGAGAAGCCUUAUUCUUCCCCUGUUUUCCAGCAAGCUUCCGGAUGUUACUCUUGCUGCUUUACUUCUCCUGACUUUUAG